CUUUCAAAGUUUAUUUUUGGUUUCCCGCUUAAUAGAGCCUAAAUGGUACUAAAUUAUUUUCAAAUCUUCCUUCUUCGAUUUCUUCAGACCGAAGAUUUUUAAAAUCUUUUGGACACCCAGUAGAAGCAUUUGAUGAUUUAUGAGUCCCAGCUUCUUCUCAUAGAUUAUCUUCGUCAUUUUUUCAAGCUUUUGUCAGAGAUGAAAAUAAUCCUUGGUUCUUAGCCCAAAAUUGUCAACUUUGGGUUUUCUAGAAAAGUGGCAUUAAGCCAGAUGUUGGAAUGGGUUGACGCGCGUUCCUCGCUAAUAGAUCGAAGAAGAUUUCAAUUCUUGCGGGUUACCCGUCAUCAUAAAUGAAAAUGACUGCAAUCUAAAUGUUACUUUUGUCCUCAAUAAACAAAGGACUAUUUUCAGAAGGGCUACCUGUGAACACGUGCAAAUCACAAGUCACCAGAGCGCGUCACACUAAAUCGUGUCCAAAUACACAUUACCCAAUCCGUUAUAUUUUCCAUCUUAUUUUGUUUCUCGCGUUUUCAGAUUAUCAAGUCAUCAACGAUCGAAUUCCAAACGGGGUGCCCUCUAAUUGAUCCUGUGCUUGCAGGAGAUUCCGGUGUUUUUCAGAAUAUUUUUCUCAACUGCCACUUUUUAGAAUAAUGUAGCAAAUCUUGCGAAGUUACCUUAUUUACGCGCACCUUUCGUGACUUACUAACUAUUCUUGUAACUUAAAACGUACAUAAAUCCUGAGUUGAAUGUGAUUGUUUGAAUUGGCCUUACCCCAAAAAGGAAAAAUUGACAUAAAUAUUUUGUUAAAGCUCACGCGAUAGCAUGUAAGCGGGCGAUCGUUCUCAUGUUAAGAGAAUGCUUGAUCUUCCAGUAAAAUUUUCAAAGCUCCCUCUUUGUUGUCGUACCAUAAUGCUGAGCGGUAUUAUUCGCGCCAUUUUCCUCGAUAUAUUUUCGCGGGAAAGCCAUUCAUUGCCUCUCGUCACGUGUUUCUAGUUGUCAUUUAAUCCAAUCAGAACACGGGCCUGUGGACUGUUUGCCAUUCAACUCUAAUUCAUUGUUCAUGGAUGAACCAAUCAGGUGUCCUGUCGCUACUCUGUUGUUGUUGUCAAAAUGCAAAAUAGCUCGUAUUUUUGAGACCUCGUGGAAAGGCUGGAAAAAAUUUUUUUUGUAGCGUCCCACCCACCACGUCAGAGUUUGUGCGGAUUUCGCUGUAUUUGAAGGAUUCAUUCACGAACGUCGUAGAUGCGAGAACAUGCCAGAAUCUAGCAUUGAUAACAGGGAUGUUUUGGAGUGCGUUGAAGCCGGUGGUCGUCGUAAGAAAGCAAGAUUUCCUAAUCAGUGGAGUUCGAGCACAACACCUCACCAGCGAACAUUGGAACUCGAAGGAGUCAUCGAGGUUUUGCGCGAAUACGAUUCAGUCGAAGGCAAUGAUAUAAACUGCUCUAUUUGUGGAAAACUGUAUAAAAGUAAGGUGUGUUUUACAAAGCAUUUAUGGGAACAUAGCGUCUACUGGGAUCUGUUCGAUGCGCUAAAAAAUCAAGAGCGUGUCCUGUCGAUUCAGGCUGCAAUUAUUCUCUCGCAACCAUAUCUGGAAUUUUUGCUCGUAACUUCGCCGACAUCGACAGAAAAGAAGAAAGAAGACCCUAAACCGAAUAGUAUUUUCCGGAAAAAUGCGACAAGAAAAAGGCAACGAGAGUCAUCAACAUGUUCCGUAGACUUCUAAUUUCUUAAAUAUUUUUUCAUAUUAUGUAUAUUAUAUGGUGUGGCAAACGGUUCCACACUUGUUUAUAUCACUUGUAAAAGUGCCUUUGAAUUUAUAAAUAUCUAUAAAUAUAUGAGAAGAGAAGUUAAAAAAGGUGUAAAUGAUCAGUAUUUUGUUGUGGGAAAAAGAUUUAAUUCUUGUAUCAUACACCCACAUUGUGAAUGAUGUUUGUAUUUCAUUUAUUUCCAAAGUGACAAAGCUCGGUAUCUCGAGAUUAAAAAUGAAUUUAUUCUGAAGUUGUUAAAUGCUAAUAAAGUUCAUUGGAUCAAA